AUGAGUACGGGAGAUUUUUUGAGUAAGGGUAUAGAGCUGGUCCAAAAGGCCAUUGAUUUGGACACGGCGACGCAGUAUGAGGAAGCUUAUACGGCGUAUUAUAACGGAUUAGACUAUUUGAUGCUGGCUUUGAAGUACGAAAAGAACCCCAAGUCAAAGGAUUUAAUAAGAGCCAAGUUCACAGAGUACUUAAAUCGCGCAGAGCAAUUGAAGAAACAUUUAGAAAAUGAAGAGGCAAAUUCGGCGAAGAAGACUCCUAGCGCUGGUAAUGGUUCCACCGGUGGUAAUAAGAAAAUCUCUCAGGAGGAAGGUGAGGACAAUGGUGGUGAGGACAACAAAAAGUUGAGGGGUGCUCUAUCGAGUGCCAUAUUAUCCGAAAAACCCAAUGUUAAAUGGGAAGAUGUGGCUGGACUGGAAGGGGCCAAGGAGGCCCUCAAGGAAGCUGUUAUCUUACCUGUGAAGUUCCCACAUCUAUUUAAAGGUAAUCGUAAGCCUACUUCAGGAAUUUUAUUAUACGGACCACCAGGUACAGGUAAAUCAUAUUUAGCGAAAGCGGUGGCUACGGAGGCUAAUUCUACCUUUUUCAGUGUUAGUUCAAGUGAUUUGGUUUCUAAAUGGAUGGGUGAAUCUGAGAAGCUUGUCAAACAGUUGUUUGCCAUGGCAAGAGAAAAUAAACCUUCAAUUAUCUUCAUUGAUGAAGUGGAUGCACUAACAGGUACUAGAGGCGAGGGAGAGAGCGAAGCGAGUAGAAGAAUAAAAACAGAACUAUUAGUGCAAAUGAAUGGUGUUGGAAAUGAUUCCCAAGGUGUUUUGGUCCUAGGUGCGACAAACAUUCCAUGGCAACUAGACAGUGCCAUUAGGAGAAGAUUCGAGAGAAGGAUUUACAUACCGCUACCAGAUUUAGCGGCAAGGACCACCAUGUUCGAGAUUAAUGUUGGCGACACUCCAUGUGUAUUGACUAAGGAAGAUUAUAGGACACUAGGUGCAAUGACUGAAGGUUAUUCUGGUAGUGAUAUUGCUGUGGUAGUAAAAGAUGCGCUAAUGCAACCGAUAAGAAAGAUUCAGAGCGCAACUCAUUUUAAGGAUGUCUCCACCGAUGAGGACGAUGCAAGGAAAUUAACGCCAUGCUCUCCAGGUGAUGAUGGCGCCAUUGAAAUGAGUUGGACGGAUAUUGAGGCGGACGAGCUAAAAGAACCAGAUCUUACUAUAAAGGAUUUCUUAAAGGCCAUCAAAUCAACGAGGCCUACCGUGAAUGAGGACGACUUGCUGAAGCAAGAACAGUUCACCAGAGAUUUUGGUCAAGAAGGUAACUAG